AUGAGUACCGGAUCAUCAAGGGAAGAAUUGCAGAAGAAGCUUCACGAGAAACUUGAUAAGUUUAGAUCUCAAAGGAAGCUUCCGAAAGACACUGACCGAAAAACACUGGUUCAAAUACGUAAAGAAAAAGCUGAACAAAGAGCGCAAGCGAAAAAGGGGGCAAAGGCAGCUGCUAGAGUAACUGAACAAAGAAAAGGCACUAAACCAGAUGCAGCCUCUGAAGACAAAGAACUAGGAAGCUUGGAACACGCGGUCAACCCGACCACAGGAACGCCGGACAUCACUUAUGGAACACUUCUUCUUGGACAAGACAAGUUUACCAAUGGCGAACUAAAGAAGUCUAGCAAACGAAAGGGCCCAACAGAUGUUUACGGGGCCAUGAAGCAUUUGGAAGCGAAAAGGGCACGGGUCGAACAGUACGAUGAAGAGAAAAAGAAAAAAAUUGAAGAAAGUGAUACCUGGCAUCGGGUUUUGCUUCAAGCAGAGGGCAAGAAAUUACAGGACAACGAAAAACUUUUGAAGAAAACCAUGAAGCGGAAGGAAAAGGAGAAGAAAACCUCAUCGAUGGCCUGGCUAGAACGAAACAAGGCGGUACAUCAGACAAUGGCCCAACGACAGAAGAAACGCGAAGAGAAUCUUCAGAAACGCCGAGAUAGUAAAAAGUCCAAUAAGAAGUCUGCUAAGAAGUCGGAUAAAAAGCCAGACAAAAAGUCGGAUAAAAGGUUUGAUAAAAAGAACAAAAAGCCAAAGCCUUCUAAAGGAAAGUAA